AUGGCCGAGGUAGAGCAGAAGAAGCGGACCUUCCGCAAAUUCACCUACCGCGGCGCAGACUUGGACCAGCUGCUGCACAUGUCCUGCGAGCAGCUGACGCAGCUGUACAGUGCGCGACAGCAGCGGCAACUGAACCCGGGCCUGCGGCGGAAACAGCACUCGCUGCUGAAGCGCCUGCGCAAGGCCAAGAAGGAGGCACCGCCCAUGGAGAAGCCGGAAGUGGUGAAGACGCACCUGCGGGACAGGAUCAUCCUGCCCAAGAUGGUGGGCAGCACGGUGAGCGUCUACAACGGCAAGACCUUCAACCAGGUGGAGAUCAAGCCGGAGAUGAUCGGCCACUACCUGGGCGAGUUCUCCAUCACCCACAAGCCGGUGAAGCACUGCCGGCCCGGCAUCGGGGCCACCCACUCCUCCCGCUUCAUCCCCCUGAAGUAGUGGCUCAGCUAAUAAAGGCACACAUAUCUCCAAAAAAAAAAAAAAGGAAGUUAAAUGGAUGGUUUUGCCGGGGACUCACUGCAAACACCUACAACAUUUCAAGGAACCAGACCCUUCAAUAGUGCUGGAUAGGUGAUGGUAAUGCCAACCUACACGUGUUGGAGUUUUCAACAAUGCUGUGCCAUAAGCUCAUGAGAAGUUAUAGUCUGACAAUGAUGAUAGACUUGAAUUCUGGAAUCUUGGGCAGUCUGUUCCAGAAAUGAACACACUGGUACUUUCAUUUCAAAGUAUGAAGAAAGAUAAACCACAUAUAGGAACAGCACAAGAUUCCUAACAGGUUCUGUUGAACUUAAAUUGCUUUAAAGAUUUUUUUGCAUUAUCUGAAGAGGUAAGUCCAGUAAAAUUAUCUAACUCUUCAAAAAGUCAUUACAUUUAACUAUGGUGAUAAUGAGUCAAAUUUAAAAAUCACUUCUUUUCCUGAAAGAAUCACCAGGUUUUGGUUUUGAGAACUCUGAAGGCAAGAAGAGGGAUAUCCGAUCCAGACCGGAAAGCAUUGAACCAGCCUUCUCACUCCAUCUUCCUACACAUAAAACAGAACAAAAUAAACUAUUGUCAUAACUCCACACAAUUAUAUUAAGAGACUAAAAAGUAGCCUCAAAAAUGGCUGGUGAUGUUCAAGUAAUCUACAAAUAUCAGGUUUUAACACAUUAAGUAGGAAACAAAAGAUGGUGAGUGGUAAAGUUGCUUUGGUUAAACUACUUCCUCAACUUGCCAUGUGACUUUAAGCAAGUUACAAGGCGUCUCUGUCUCAGCUGCCUCACGUGAAAAACGAGGAUCUCAGUCCUUAACUCACUAAACUGUCAGAUUUUAAUUACAACAGUGCCUGGCAAAUAAUCAUUUAUUAAGACUUAUUUUUUAAAUGAUUCCUAUGAGGGCCUCCGGAAUCAAACCCUUUCUAAGCAGCAGGAAGGGAAUAAAAUCCACAUUUAUAUGACUAUUGUCUAUUAAGAAUCUAAAUAAGAAUCAUCUUACUUUUUAGGGGUUGCCUUACCCCAAAUAUUCUACAACUUCUGAGUUUUCUUUUUUUUUUUUUUCUUUUUGAGACAGGGUCUCACUGUGUCACCUAGGCUGGGGUGCAGUGGCCCAAUCACAGCUCACUACAGCCCUGACUUCCCAGGCUCAUGUGAUCCAAGUGAUCUUCCUGCCUCAGCCUCCCUAUUAGCUAAGUUCACAAGCAUGCACCACCACACCCGGCUUUUUUUUUUUGUAGAGAGGAGGUUUCACCAUGUUGCCCAGGCUUGUCUUGAACUCCUGUGCUCAAGGGAUCCACCCACUUCCGCCUCCCAACGUGCUAGGAUUACAGGGGUGAACCACCUUGAUGGUCUGAGUUUCAAUUAUAAAUAUGACACUGGGCUGGCUGGGUCAGGCAUCUAGAAAGUGCACUAACAUUGGAAGAAAGGCUGAUCAGGACUCUAGUUCCUGUUCUGCUACCAAUUAGCUGUGUGACCUUUAGUAAGUUAAGAAUCCUCCCAAGGCAUUCUAUACAACCGAGAGGGGUGGGAGAAGAGACAGUGAGGAACUAGAUUUCUAAGGUAGCCAUUAAAAUCCUGCUAAACCUAAACGGACAAUUUUACAGGAUUCUUAAGAUUAUCUUUCUUAUAACGGAAGGACAGGCCAGAAAAGAUAGCUGUUAAAGUCAAUUGACAAAGUUAAAUCAUAUUAAUGUCCUUUGUGAGCUCCAUGAAUGCAGAAAUGGUAUGUUAUUUAUCUGUAUGAUCCAGUCUACUGGCACAUAGUACCUACUCAAAAUGCUGGUGUGCUAAACUGUACGUUCGUAUUUGGGAAUCAACUGCAGUUUUAUUGGAGCUUUCUUUAUAGAAGUUAUUUCUCGAUAUAUUUCUUCCCCUGUUGCAUCGUACACUUUACCUGUCCCCCAUUUAAUUCUCGCAUUAAAAUAGUGAGAUAGGCACUAUCAUUUGCAUAUCAGGAAAUUUAAGUCCAGGCUACCUGGCUCUUAGCUGGAGAACAGAUUCCAACCGAGGUCUACCUUGCCUGAAAAAUCUGUGCUCUUAGCAGGGCGCGGUGGCUUAUGCCUGUAAUCCCAACACUUUGCGAGGCCGAGGUGGUCGGAUCACAACGUCAGGAGUUCCAGACCUGCCUGGCCAACAUGGCGAAACCCCGUCUCUACUAAAAAUACAAAAAUUAGCUGGGCGUGGUGGCGCAUGCCUGUAAUUCCAGCUACUCGGGAGGCUGAGGCAGGAGAAUCGCUUGAAUCCCGGAGGCGGGAGGUUGCAGUGAGCAGCACUCCAGCCUGGGUGACAGAGCGAGGCUCCAUCUCACAAAAAAAGAAAAAAGAAAAAUCUGUGCUCUUAACUACCCUGAUUUUCACCUCCCGUAAACACUUGGCAAAUACAUGUUGAUAAGAAAAGAUAAGAGACAUAAAGACGUAUCAGCAUUCAGCUCCAUGUAAUGUUAUGAUAAUAAAAACAUUUAUUUGGGAUGAUACGGUCUGCUGAGAUCAGAGCUGUGAUCCUCUUUUCU